AUGAGUGCUGACCGCAACGCUGCUGCCGGGGAGAACGGCUCCCUGGCGCUGCUGCAGAUGCUGCUGCUCCCUGUACAGCCCCAGGAGCUGCUGCAGCACGAAGAUGACGAUCUUGACAGCAGCAGCAGCAGCACGGAUGCUGCAGCAGCAGCAGCAGCAGCUGCUGCUGCUGCUGCGCAAGCUGCAGCAGAAGCGGCUGCGCCGUAUCACCACGACGCCGCAGCCCCUUUGGACGCCCCUCAGCAGCAGCAGCAGCAGCAGCACUUGCUGCAGCAGCAGCAGCACUUGCUGCAGCAGCAGCAGCUGCGGCUGAUUGGCCAAGGCCUCACUUCUGUGUCUGCUGCUCUGCUGCGGCUUCCCACUGGGGCUUCGCUGCAGCAGCUGCGAGUGCUGAGUCUCCACGCAAACUCCUUAGUCUCUCUCGAGGGAGUGGAGACGCUGGCAGGCCUCGAGGAGCUGCGGGUCUCUUCGAAUCUUUUGAGUCGCCUCGGCAGCCUGCAGCAGCUGCGGAGGCUGCGGCUGCUGGACGUGGCCUCCAACAGGCUCCUGCAAACAGGGCAGCAGCAGCAGCUGCAGCAGCAGACGCAGCGACUGAAACCGCAGCAGCAGCAGCAGCAGCAGCAGCAGCAGCAGCAGCAGCAGCAGCUAUUUGUGUGCGUUCUCCAGCUGCGUUCGCUGGACGGCAUUUCUGGCUUGACAAGUCUCCGCUGCCUCCGCGCGGAGUUGAACCAAAUUAGCUGCCUCGCAGGCCUGCAGCAACUGUGGGGCCCCGACAGCCAGCUAGAAACCCUCGACCUCCGCUGCAACCGGCUGCAGCAGCUGCAGCAGCUGCUGUUCUUAGGAGGCCUUCCCCGUUUGGUGCGGCUCUCGCUGCAGUCCAAAGAAGCGGCACUGCAGCAGCUGCAGCAGCAGCAGCAGCAGCAGCAGCAGCUUGAUGGCGACAACCCGCUCCUUGUAACGCCUCUGUCGCCGCGACUCAGCAGCAGCAGCAGCAGCAGCAGCAGCAGCAGCAGCAACAGCAACAUUAUCUGCUGCAGCCCGGCCUACCGCCGCUUCGUGCUGCUGUGCGCUCCGCUGCUGCAGCAGCUGGACGGCCUUCCCGUUGCUGCCGAAGAGCGGGCAGCAGCAGCAGCAGCAGCAGCUGCUGCUGCUGCUGCUGGCAGCAGCAGCAGCAGCGAAUUCGAAACUCAGCAGCAGGAGCUCGACCGCCUUUGGCUGCGCACUAAAACCCAGCCCUUCUGCAUUCCCUACGGCGGUUCCUGCGAGAUCCGCGCUGCAGCACGGCGAGCAAGAGCAGCAGCAGCAGCAGCAGCAGCAGCAGCAACAGCAGCAGCAGCUCCUUCGGGCAAAAGGCUGCAGGAGUCUCGCGAAGUCUCAGUAGUGUUGGAGGCCCGCCGAACCCCCCAAAGGCCAGCAGCACCGAGAACAGCAGCAGCAGCAGCAGCAGCAAAGACAGCAGCAGCAGCAGCAGCAGCAGCACAUGAGGAUGCAGCAGCGCGCAGCAGCAGCAGAAAUAUCUCUCUUGAAGUGACAGGGCGCCGCGCGCCAGCAGCAGAUGAAACUGCAGCAGCAGCAGAAGCAGUAGACGCAACAGCAGCAGAAGACGCAGCUGCAGAUACUGCAGCAGCAGCAGCAGCAGCAGCAGCAGCAGAGUCUACAGACGGCGCCCCAGCAGCAACACAAACAGCAGUGGCAACAACAACAGAAGCUGCGCCUGCAGCGACAGCGGCAGCAGCAGCAGCAGCAGCUCCAGCAGCAGCAGCAGCUCCAGCAGCAGCAGCAGCUCCAGCAGAAGCAGCUCCAGCAGAAGCAGCUCCAGCAGCAGCAGCUCCAGCAGCAGCGGCAGAAGCAACCGCAGGAGCAGCACCAACAGCAGCUCCAGCAGCAGCAGCAGCAGCUCCAGCAGCAGCAGCAGCACCAACAGCAGCUCCAGCAGCAGCAGCAGCAGCUCCAGCAGCAGCAGCAGCAGCAGCAGCAGAAGGAUGUUCCUCUUUGCUGCUUUCUGCACUUCAGCGGCUCCCCGAAGCUUCGCGGGCUGCGCUGCAUGCAGUGACGGCAAUGGAGCUGCUGCAGUGUCUUGCUGCUAUCCCUGACCCGCCAGCAGCAGCAGCAGCAGCAGCAGCAGCAGCACCUGCAGCAGCACCUGCAGCAGCAGCUAGUCCGGCAGCUGCUGCUGCUGCACCUGCGGCUUCGCUUGAUGUCCCGAAUGCAAGCGACACGCAGGCACCUCCGCAAGCAGCCGCAGCAGCAGCAGCAGCAGCAAUAGCAGCAGCAGCAGCAGCAGCAGCAGCAACACAAGUUAGUACUGAGGAGUGCUGCAGCCCCAAGGCAAUGCUGCGCGCCUCGAAGCCGCAGGCGCUUGUCGCUGGCAGCAGCUGCAGCAGCAGCAGCAGCAGCAGCCUCAAUACCUUCAGCGGGAACAGCAGCAGCAACAAUAACAGCAACAAUGACAGCAGCGGCAGUGGCAGCAGCAGCUGCAGCAGCAGCUGCAGCAGCAGCUGCUUGUGCUCAAGAGAUGCAGCAGGCGAUGCUUUGCAGGUAGCGCGCCUCGCGCUGCAGCUACUGCAGCAGCACAGUCCGCAGCAGCAGCAGCAGCAGCAGCAGAUGCCGCAGCAGCAGCUGCCACAGCAGCAGCUGCUGCUGCUGAGGGACGCACGUCAAUUGCAGAUGUGUCAGCAGCAGCACGUUGCUGCUGCUGCUGCUGCUGCUGCUGCUCCCGACGGCGGCUCCAGUAGCCCACGGCCCAGUAUUCUGCUGCCCACAGCAGCAGCAGCUGCUGCUGCAGCACGAGCAGCGGCAGCAGCUGCGCCAGAAGCAGGACAAGCAGCAGCAGCAGCAGCAGAAGCAGAUCUUCAGGUAGAUAUCAUGGCGCUAGCGCAGCAGCCAAACCAGCAGCAGCAGCUGCUGCAGCAGCAGCUGCAGGAGCGUAGACCCGAGCAGCAGGAAGAGCAGCUGCAGCAGCAGCAGCAGCAGCAGCAGGAAGCACUGGAGCACUUACGGCGCCAGCUCUCAUCUUACUCAGAAGAAGUCGAAGAGCUGCGGCAGUUGCUUCAGCAGCAGCAGCAGCAGCACCAGCAGCAGCGGCAGCAGCAGCAUCAGCAGCAAGCAGCGGCUGCAGCGCUGGAAGAGCGGCAGCAGCAGCUGCUGCAGCAGCUGCAGCAGCUGCAGCAGGAGAAAGAUGAGGCGUGGGCCCGCGUGCAGCAGCUGCAAGAAGAAGCAGCGCUGCAGCAAGACGAACUUGCUGCAGCAAACCAGCAGCAACUGCUGCUGCGGGAGCAGUACGACCGCAGCGCAAAGGAGCAGCAGCAGCAGCAGCAGCAGGACCUGCAGCAGCAGCGGCGUCGGCACCAGCAGCAGCAGCAGCAGCUGGAGAGCGCGUUCAGCGCGUCUCUGACGGAGCUGAAGGAAGCAGCAAAGCGGCAGCAGCAGCUGCUGCAGCAGCAGCUGCAGCAGGCGGCGCAGAAGCUGGAGGAGGCGCAGGAGCAGCGCGAGCAGCAGCAGCAGCAGCAGCAGCAGCAGCAGCAGCUGCUGCUGCGUCUGCAGCAGGCACUGCGAGCUGCCACAAAAAAAAAUGCAGAAUUAAAUAAAGUUGUUUAUAAAGCAGCAGCACAGGAGCAGCAAUUUGAGGUGUCUGUACAGCGGCUGAGCAGCAAGCUGCAGCGGGCAGUGGAGGAGCUGCGGCUGCUGCAGCGGGACAAGCAGCAGCUGCAGGAAGCAGUUGCUGCAGCGGAAGCAGCGCAGCAGCAGCAGCAGCAGCAGCAGCUGCUGCUGCUGCAGCGGGCAGCCAGGCUGCAGCAGGAACUCGCAGACACACAGGCAGCUUGCACCCCUCGGGAGAAGCUGCGGGAGCUGCGCUGCGAGCGGGACUUGCUGCAGCAGCAGCUGCAGCAGCAGCAGCAGCAGGUCCAGCAGCUGCAGCAGCGGCUGCAGCAGCAGCAAAGCCAGCAGCAGCUGCAGCAGCAGCUGCAACAGCAACCCUCCACCGCCGAGCUGCAGUCCCUCAAGGCCGCCGUCGCAGCAGCAGCAGCAGCGCAGCAAGCAGCAGAAGCGCAUGCAAGAGAGACGAAGCAAACAGCAGCAGUGCAUGCGCGCGUGCUGCAGCAGCAGGAGGAGCAGCUGCAGCAGCAGCAGCAGCUGCUGCUGCAGAAAGAAGAGCUGCUGCAGGAAGCCAACAGCGUCGCCAGACGCCGCGAGAAAGAGCUCGAAAGAAAGCUCGAAGAAUAUGCAGACAGGGCUCGAGAGUGGCACCGGCGGUACCUGGAGGAAGUGGAGAAGGAGCGCGAAGCAGCAGCUGCUGCUGAGCAGCAGCAGCAAGAAGAGAAGGGUUUGCUGCAGCAGCUGCAGCAGCAGCUGCAGCAGCAGCAGCAGCAGCUGAAGCAGAAGGACGAGGGUUUGGACUUUGCGCAGCGCGAGCUGCAGCAGCUGAUGGAGGCGGUGCAGCAGGAGCGGGAGCAGCAGCAGCAGCAGCAGCAGCAGCAGCAGCAAGAGCUGUCUCAGCUGAAGCAGCAGCUAAAGGCCGAGCGCCGCGAGCAGGAAGCAGUGCAGCAGCAGCAGCAGCAAGUCCUCAAGAAGCAGCAGCAGCAGCUAGCCAAGCUAGCUGAGCAGCUGCGCAGCAGCAAGCAGCAAACUCUGGCCAGAGAGAUGGAGCUGCGGCUGCUGCUGCAGCACUGGGAAAAAAGAAAAGAAACAGCAGCAGAAACAGCAAAGCAUUUAAAUCUGCUUCUCAGGAAGCUGCAGCACGACUUCGGAGACAGAGACCGCUAG